AGCCUGAGGUGGGGCUCGAUCCCAGGGCCCCGGGAUCAUGACCUGAGCCGAAGGCAGACGCUUAACCUGAGCCACCCAGGCGCCCCCAGGCAAUUCUUAUGUCAGAUUUGGUUUAAAAACCACAGAUCGAAACAGAGACAAUUGGAAUUUGGAUGCUCCUUAGGAAAAGACGAAACCCAAGGACAACACCAUCAUCAGCCUUGGACUCAAGAAUACUUACCAAAAGCAGCCAGACAAGACUGGACAUCCAUCACAAGAUCUCAAUCACACAUCCUACUUCAAGCCUUUGAGAGGAACCGAUUCCUUGAUAUUACAACCAGGAAAAAACUGGCUAAAAAAACAGGCAUUCAGGAACCAAGAAUUCAAAUGUGGUUUCAGAACCAAAGAUCCCUAUACCCACAGCAGAGCAGAAAUGAGUCCGUGAAUUCCUUGGCAGAUGGCCCAAAUGGAAGACCAGGUCUGACAGCUCAGCAACACCAAAUCAAUCUGUCCACUCCCCUGGGCAGGUCUCAUCAUUUUGCUUCCUCCGAUUCUUUCAGCAGGAACCAGACAUUUCUCCCUGCUCCUCUCCCAUCCCAUGAGUCCUCUGUCCCUUGUGUGAGCCAAGGACCAAGUGUCAUGAUGGUGCCGCCCAAGCAGGCUAUGCAGAGAGGAGAGAAUUCUGUCUCUCCUUAGACCCUUAGGAAUCACCUGCCAAUACCCUCAACUUCAGGAGGGGACCUCUCAGAUACUCAGACUCCUUUCUGGCUCCCAAACCAAGAAAAAUGCCAGAAUCACGAAGAACAGACUGGCACAGGAGUACUGCAGUUGAAGGGCUAUUGUGAGCCUCAUCCUGAGCACCAAGAAGACCAGCUGCAGGAUCUGCAGCAGGUGGACAUACCUUACAUUCUGCAGCGGUGGGACGAGGUCUGCCAGGCUCUGACUGCAAAAUGGGAUCCUCGAGAAGGGACACACUGAGACACACAUGGCUGCAGCGCACCAUCAACUGGAGAACCAUCCCAUUCCCUCAGCCAACCGCACCAGCAAUGUGCAGAAACCUCAGGCCUUAUGUCAGCUCCUGUUACCACAGACCUUCAGGAAAAGCUACCUUUUCUGAGUCCUAAUCCACAGAAAGAGAACCCUCCAGGACCCCGACUGUGCUUCAGUGAAGAUGAUUUUCAGGCUGUGUUCCAUAUGCUACAAAGCUCACCAGGGCCUCAGUUUCAGAAGGAAGUCAUUCUCAGAGCCUGGUCCAGGCCUCUUCUUUUGAUGCAGAAUCAGUGCAACUUAAAGGACAGUGAACAAAGAAAUCAUCCUGUCUGGGACAAUAUUAAUGCAAGAGGAAGGAGAAAACAAUUGGAAUCCCAAAUGGAGGUUUUAACCUUCCCGUGGGCAGUGGUUACCUUCUGUACUCCCUUCACUGAGAAAGCUGCAUACAGCCUCUGGAAGCACCACGGGCAUUAGCGAGCAGACAGGUCUGCGGAAUCCUUCUGAACGAAGAAACGUAUUUUUCUGACAAACAUGACCUCCUCUCUGUAAUUACCAUGUCCACCAAUCUGGAACAUCCAUGAACCGUAACCAAACCCAAGCGAAAAUAGGUCUACAAGGGACUUAUCAGCACUCCUCUCCCUUCUAGCAAGAUGGGAAAGCUAACUGGAAAUUAAUUUAUCAUGUAGAAAAUGAAAGGAUAGUAUAUUUCCCGAUGAUGUGAGUUCACAAAAGUGAGCUUUUCUCCAAAGCUCUGAAAGCUUUAAUUAGAACUAGAAACUAUCUCAGUAUCUACCAAUAAGGGAAUGAUGAAAUGAAUUAGGACAAAUCCACGAUA